AUGCCCUCUACCUUGCAUCCUUGCCUCAAGCGGGGACUGGACUUGACAGCCUCGUCCAUCGACCCCAGCGAUCUCGUCCAAGACCGGCCCGCCGAACACCACGAUGCACAGCUCCGUUCGGCAAAGCGGCGCCGGAUCGAGGCCAUAGCGCGCCAGUGCCUGCGUGGGAACCCCCCCAUCAUACUUACGGCAAGCCUCAAGGGCCCCUUCACGAGCGAUUGGAAGAAUCCGUGGGCGAGAGACGUAAAGGCGAGAGCGGAUGGACAAGGCAAGAGCGGGAACGAACCAUCGGUGGGGCAAGCGAAAAGACGAUCAAAGGCGUCGCACGCGGCUUCCCCUGAGGCCUCUAGGGCGGUUGGACACACGGAGGAGCACACGUACAGCCAGCCCGAAUUCGAACCGCUACCUGCUACCGCCCCUCUGCCAGACGAGGACGACUUGUCCGGUGCGACUGACUUCUUCAGCGUCGAGACCGAACAGUUCAUCGCCAACCACAGCCCUGCGAAUCCCUUCUGGCUGCGCCGUCCUGCUGCCUCCAUGACCUUGCCGGAGAACAGCCAGAUCGACAAAUCUCCAACACGACAGCGCAGAACCCAUGCAUGCAACACUCGGCAAAGCCUGCAGCUCGCGCUUCCCGGAGAACCCUUGGGGGGUCGACCACUGCCCAUUCGUGCAACACCUCCAGACGAAUUGCGGUCCAGCGCCUCCGCAUCAAUGGAUAUUUCGUCACUCCCAACAAAAUCAGCCACGACUGUGAAACAAUAUACAAUAGUCCAGGAUUCGUCACACACAACAUCAUCUUCGGACGCCCCGGAUUCCUCUAGGCUUCGAGCAGACUCGGCGCAGGAAGACGAAGCUCGCAGUAGUCAGGCUGCUCAAAACGCGCAGACAACACCCACUGUCAUUUCCUUGCAAGCACGUGUAGCACAGCCGCCGUUGGCUCAGUCCUUCGAAUCUCUCGUUCCAGCAACCACGUACAAGAUGCCGGCUACAGUCCAGGUACCACAGUCAAGCCCAACGCGUGGCGCUGCAGGAAUGGGAAGUCAGUCACCCAGGGACAACGUACAAAGAUCUGCUGAACGACUCGCCAGUGAGAAGCCUAUGCCAGCCACAAGACGCCGACCAUCGUCAGCAACUCACACAACAGAGUAUGACAUAUCUAACAAGCUGCGCCACAACCUGGUCGCUUCUCCGGCGCCGGCUUCUUCCACUGGUUUCCUAUACCGAAGAGUCGGGAACCCAAGGGGAGAAGGCAGCAAUGCACCGAAGGCGAAACCGCGCACUGUUAACUUCAGCUCGUCACCAAUGCCUAGGAAGAAGGACGGCGGUCCAACCUGCGUACGUCCAGAGCCAGUAGCUCUUGUGGUCGAGACUGGCGCAUCUGAGAUUGCAGUACCGCAUGCUGUCGCUGAGGCAGCUGAUGGGAGCGUCGUCUUGGUCGACAAUGAGGAAGUUGCAGAGAUCCAAGACAUACAGCAAGAGUCGCACCGGUCCAAGCAAUCGCAGUACUCUACGCAAGCCGCAAUGCUUUUGGCACAGCUUGAAUUUCAAGAGGACUCAUCGCAGUCUUCAACCUCGUCCACGACCCUUCGACCGUGGUCCCAGCCGGCACAGAACACACCACCGCCGCUUCUGCUCCAACCCAGUCCCGCAAUCACGCCUUUGUCAGUCUUCAAUGCUCGUUUGGACGAGUCCUUUUGCGGUUUGGUAGGGGGCAGUGAGCACCGUGGGCCACCGGUUAGUACACAAGACUUGUUCAACGCCGCGUCUCCCUUUGCCUUCAGUACAGUAAAGAAGGGCAGCGAGCGACCACGGCGAAGUAGCCUGCGGUUUGCUUUGGCCUCCAAGUCCACCGAGAGCACCACCGCAAAGAGCCCCACACCAUCGGUCGGGCGAGUGCCACUCAAGCAGAAGAACUCGCCUACACCGCGGAGCUUCGCCCAGGAGAAGUCGUCCUUGUAUGUGUCCAAGCUCGCAUCUCAAUCACCUCAACGCACUGCAAAUGAGGUAAAGCUGCCUCAGCUUGACUUGCACACCUCACUAGACUUCGGGCCGAAUACCGACUUUACAGAGCGUUUCCUAAACGGCCUAGAUGAUGAACCCUGA